UCUGUAACAUGAUUCCGGCGGUUCUCUUCUCGGAUCUGCUGACGUGUCGGCAGCGGCUCCGUGAUCAACAGCUGCCAGCAUGGCUGCACCGAAGCCCUGCUUUUGUUGUGUUUUUACGCUUGUUCUGUACGCGUGUUUCCCUCGGAGCAGCGCGGAGGGGCGCUUCUCGGACCUGAAGCGAUGCGCCGAUGAAGAAUGCAGCAUGCUUCUCGGCAGAGGGAAGGCCGCCAAGGAUUUCACAGGGCCGGACUGCCGGUUUCUCUCUUUUAAGAAAGGAGAGACGAUAUAUGUAUAUUAUAAACUCUCAGGGCAGAGAUCGGAUUUGUGGGCUGGUAGUGUUGGAAACCACUUUGGUUAUUUCCCAAAGGACUAUCUUAAUAUAAAUCAUAUAUAUACUGAUAAAGAAUUGGAGGUACCUACAGAGGAAACCGAUUUUGUUUGCUUUGAGACUGGGCUCGAUAAAUUUGAAAGCUAUGACAUAGAUGUGUUAUUAGGCAGCACAUUGUUGCUAGAAAAGGAGAAUUCAACAGAAGAAUCAAAAGAACCAGCUCAGAAUGAAGAUGCAUCUGAAAUGACGACGACAGAAUCAGUGGAGACUCUUGAAUCAGAGUCAUUAGAUUCCGAAUCAACAUCGAUUCUUGAAUCAGAGUCAUUAGAUUCCGAAUCAACAUCGGUUCAUGAAUCAGAGUCAGUUGAUUCAGAAUCACAAUCGGUUCAUGAAUCAGAGUCCGUAGAUUCAGAAUCAUCAUUCCUUGUUGAAUCAAUGGCAGUUGAUUCAGAAUCAGCAUCACAUCUUGAAUCAGAGUCAGGAGAUUCAGAAUCGAUUCUUGAUUCAAAGGCAGUUGAUUCAGAAUCUGUAGAAGCUCCUGAAACAGACACAUUACUGAAAUCUACUGAAGAGGACUCUGAUAGCUUUCAGCCAAAGACAGAUGUUUCAUCAGAACCGAUAUAUGAAUCUAAAGAUGCACUAACAGAAGAGACAGAAGAUAUUCCAAUAAGCCAAGAUGCUGAGGUAAUUUCAGAGGAUGUAGAAACAGAACCAUCAGAUUCUGAUGCGCAAGAUAUUGAUUAUUCUGAACUUUUGCACAACCAAAGUGACUCUGAUUUUGAGCCACUUGAAACACAAACAGCAGGUUUAGACGUAGCAUAUGAAGAACCUGCUAAAACAGAGCUAAAUGAUAAAGAUAUACCACUACAAACACCAGAGAAAACACUCGAGGAUGAAGACCGGUCAAGCUUUAAAGAUGCUUUCAAAACAGAGCAUGAAGGUGAAACACAAGAGACCGAAUCUCUUGAGGAACUCACCAAAGAGCCACUUUCAGCUGCUGAUGUUGAAGAACAAGCUGGUCUUGAGGUCACGCAUGCACAAAGUGAUUUUGAAGAACUGGCUAAUGCAGAUGAAGCCAUAAACAUUAAAAUCCCAGAAUCUUCUCAUCUUCCACAAGACGCUAAAACUCCUUCGGAUGCAAGCGAAAACGUCCCAUCUGAACCAGCAUUGGAAACGCACACUGAGUCCAGAAAAGCACCGCCGGCAUUAAACGUUAGUGAAAUCACUGAAGAACAUGAUCCAAAGAAGUUAGACACGAACAAGAUGGAAAACAGUGAAGACCUUCUUCAGAAGGCCAGCAUGAACAAGAAUGAAAAUAUUGCAGAUGAUCCUCAGGAUGCACUUACGAACAACAGCGAAAAAGUGAGUGAUUCGAUUGGCGAAGAUGAGAAGUUAAAGGAGGAACUUGUAACCGAAAGCCCAGAAACUGCACCUCUAUUUGACCAAACGGAGGAACAGAUCGAUAAAGUGAAGAACGAACUCGUGAAUCUACUGAAAAACACACUGGAAUCGGAACAACAGAGUCCUGAAGAUGAUGAAGAUGAAGAGGACGUGGAUAAAGUCGCCGAAGAGCUUUUAGAGGAUGAAAACGCUCUUCUUUCUUCUAAACCUCAGCUCACAGAAGACAUACAUCAACUUAAAGAAAACCAACAACCUGAAGGCGAUCAAUUGAUCGAAUCCCAACAAAGCGAAAACCCCACAAAACAAGAAGAAAAGGACGCGCUUCGACUUCCUCCCGAGGAGCCUGAAUACAGCGAUAACGUGCUGAGGCUCACAAUCUUACGGGAUCACCUGAAGGACGAGGACAUGGAGCGCAUGCAGAAGUAUUUUGGACUGAAGAACCUGUUCAAAAUCGAGGCCAUGUUUUCUGAUCUAGAUCUGGAGAUGAAGUCUGCCAGAGAGCUGCAGACGGACACGGAGGAAAUCGAGCGAAUGCUGGACCAGAUCAUGGAGGCCUCGGAGAACUCGAUUCUCGACGCCACAGAGGACAUAUUGAACGAAAGAGAGCGGAAAUCUCAGCAGAAGGAGCCGGAAGCGUAUGAUUUUGAGGCUGCCAUCUUAGACGCUUUCCAGGAGAUCGUUUUCGCUUUACGACAGAAAUAUUCAGCGGCCAGUGACAGCGCACCGUUGGUCGAGGAAGAACUGCUUGCAUCUGAAACAGAUGAAAAAGUUGACUCUGAAGUGGUGAAGGCUUUGGACAGUGACAUCGAAAUGACCGAACCACCCAAGAGUCCUGAAACGCACGAGGAGCAGAAUGAAUCUGAAGUGAUUCUGAAUUCUGAAUUAAAUAUGAACGAAGAUUUGUCUCGCACUAAAGACGUGGGUCUGGAGGAGGACGGGGGCCAUUUCAACAGAAAUAAAGAUGCCCAGAUAGGGUUUGAAGACACUGAGGAGAUUCAGAAGGGGCCUCAUGCUAUUUUGGAGAACCCAGUGGACAUUGGCUUUCACUUUGAAGUGGAUCCAUCUUCAGGCUCACUGGAGUCUCCAAGGGUCUCUGAUUUCCACGACACUGAAGCAAGCAGUGAUUCCUCCAGCUCCUCAACUUCAGAUGAGCUUUGGGGGUUUGUGCUUCUCGUCAAAGAAUAUCUUGGAGUGUACGGAGAAAUUGUGAUCACUGCUCUUCCGGAGGAAUGGCGACCGGGUCCCAAUUUCCACGGAGUCCCCUGGGAGCCGGUGGUUGCGACGGUGGUUGCCGGGGCCCUCACAGUACUGAUGUUCUUCUGGAGGACCAUUCUUGCUAUCAAAGGAAGAACAUAUCAAUUAACUGAAAAGCAGCUUCGAGACAAGAUCCAGCAGCUUCUCAACGAGAAAUCUGAUGCUGCUAACAAGAUCACAGAAUUAAACGGCAUGAUAAAAGAGCGCGAAGAACUGCUGAAGAACUCUGAGAAAUCACUGAGUUCCAGCCAACAAGAAGUGAAAGGGCUGAAGAACCGUCACCAGAAGCUCCAGAGCCAGUGGGAGCAGAUGUCUGGGAGCGUUUCACAGCUCAACCAGAAAAUAGUGGACACGCAGGAAGAAAAUUCAAACCUUAAUGAGAAGAUUGCCAAAAUGCACCAGAGAAUCGAGAAAUACCAGAAAACACUGAAGAGCUAUGAUGAGGAGCGUGCAAAGGUUCAUGUCCUCAUGGAUGAAGCCAAACUCAGAGAAGAUGCUCUUAAGGCUCAGGUGCUGUCCUUCGAGAAGGAAAACGGCGCUUUAAAAGAGCAGAAGAAAUCUCUCCUCCGUGAUGCGAAAGACUGGCAGGAGAAGCACAAGAAACUGAGCGAGGAGAUCCGAGUUUACCACAAAUCCCAGAAAGAGCUGGAAGACUCUCUGGUGCACAAGGAGAAUGAGAUUGAUGUUUUGUCCAGCUGUAUUGCAGAGCUCAACCGUCUGGGAGCCGGUGAUCCUGCAGAACUACAGAAAGAUGAUGCUAAAAUGUCUAAUGGAGAAGAUGCUGGUCAGUCUCUAUUUAUAACUCCAAUUGUUUUAUUUAAAUUUAGUUUUCGCUUUUUUGUCUUGUCCUGGGAGACCUUCCCAGGGCAGUACCUUGCCUCACCAACUAAAAUCAGGGUGCCCACUACGGAGACGGCACCAGAAGUGAGGGGGAAACUGACUCAGGAGGAGCUGGAGAGACGCGAGAAGGAGUCGAAGCUGUCGGAAGUGGACAGUAAAGCUCUGUGCUCCGAGGAGGAGGUGAGAGUCCUCAAACAGAAGAUCAAGGACAUCGAGGACGAGAUGCAGCAGAACGAACGCUCUCUGAAGUCUGAGGUGGCAAUCCAGGAGAAGAAAGCCCAUGAGAACUGGUUGAAAGCCCGCACCUCUGAACGAACUCUGGUGGAGGAAAGGAGAGAGUCGGCCACCCUUCGUCAGAAGCUUGUGGAGUACGGAGAUAAAAUAUCAGACCUGGAGCAAAGUCUGUUCAAACUCAACUCUGGACCUCCAGAUCGCCACAUGCCGCCACAGAGAAGAGGUGACUCGUACGGGCCGUCUCCUGUGAGUGGGGGGGCUCCCUCUCCUCCUCUAAUGAUCGAGGGUCCAGGACGCCCCCCCUCUGCACCUGUAGGGCGAAGGGGUGAACCGUUCGGUCCACGACCCCCGUCUGACCCUCACGGACGCUUCUCAGAGCUCGGACACCCGCUGCCAUCCAGACCAGAAAUGUUUCCUCCGAUGACUUCAUCUCCCUGUGCACAUGAUGGACCGAUGCAGACGGCACCGGUCAGUGAGACGGCCGAGGCCUCAGAGCAGGUCUCGUCUGAGCCAGUAGAGCCUCUCUCUAAGUCUCAGAGUCAGGGAUCCUUCCUCCCGUCUCCCAUCCGGGAUUCUCCGGUUCCGCCACCCAAGUCUUACGGACCUCCGGUCAUGCCGCCCAUGAUGAUCCGACCGCCCAUGAUGCCUCCAGAGCCGCGCUACAGACCGCCACCCAUGGACUCCUACGGCCCGUUUGGACCUGUACCGCCACCGUUUGGACGAGGCCCGCCGUUUGGACCGCUUCCUCCGCCGCUCGGACCACGGGACGUCCCGCCCGAAUUCUUCGGCCCUCGCGGACUCCCCCCUCGCCCCUUCCCUCCCGGACCUCUGCCGCCCCCCGGAGCCAUGAUCCCGCCUCCGUACGGCGGGCGCGGUUUCCCAGGACCCCCUCCGCUAAUCCCUCAGCGCUCCAGAGACGGCGAGGGGAGCGCCACACCAGCCAACGACCCGCCAACGAAUGCAUCCCAUCAGCACAGCGAGCCUUGACAUGAGAACGUGCCGAUUCUUCUUAAUUCAUCAGAAUCUGGUUUGGGUGGAAGAAAACACGUCAUUUUGUUUGAAUAACACAUUUGUGACCGAAAUAAUGAGGGUUUUGAUUUUAUACCUUAGCAAACCUUUCCUAUGGAAAUAGUUUGAUUUAAUAUGCAUUACAAUUGUUUUUCCCGGUGGUUGUCAUGUGGUUAAAUUAAGAUCUCUACCACUCGACCCAGUGCUGAUGCAUUCUGGGAUGUCAAACUGAUAUUUAGGCACGUCAUGAAGUUAUUUCCUCAUGCCUUUAAUGUGAGAGGACUUUACAUAUUUUUAUGCCUUUUCACCAUUUUUGAACGCCCAUAUUACGGCUUUUAGUCUGAUGAUUCGCCAGCUCGCCUGUGUUAGUUUUAACGUUUGAUUCGUCGUGCGUCUGCUCUUAUGAUUUAUUUUCCUAGCGGAAAAAGGCACAUAUGAUGUCAUAUUGACAAAGUAUUUGUACAUUUCUUUCAGCUGCGUAUACAAUAAAAUAUUCUCACAAAUCAGACACAAUAGAAACAGAUGAACGUUGUGUGUUUGCGCAUCCGAGCUUUCCUAGUCAACAGGUGAUUUAAAUGUAUUAUUGGAUGUUGCAUGAUGAUUUUUGACAAACUCUGUGACUUGAUUGUGACAGUUACGUCAAAACAUUCAUGAAAACGAAAGUCAUUCGAUUCACGAGCAAGUGUCGCACAUUCAUUGCAAAUGAUUCAUUGAAUUGCAAUAAUAUAUAUAUAU